UUGUUUUUUUUUUUUUCGGGUCCUUUUUGCCUUUGCAGACAGCAUAAUCCACUGACGACUCUCCUUAUUCUCGAUACCCAAUCCACGCCACAAUGGCUUCCAUGAUGGCAGACGUGACGCUCAGCACGUCGUUUCCACUCGCCCCCUCCCACGUCGCCGCCCUCAACGCCUCGCCUCCUCCGGCCGCCACGCGUCCGUCGCCCGAGAUGCACGAAGUGACGGCGUCGAUACAUCAGGUCAUGGAGAGCACACCUGAGCCAGAGACAAACGACGGGCCCGGCUCGCCGUACGUCGAUCCCGCGAGCAAGAGCCACGAUCCCGCGAGCAAGAGCCACGAGCAGCAGGAGAACGUCUCGCCGUCCAGGGGCCGGACGGGAAGCGGGCGAUCGUCCCGGCCCAUCUCCCGCAUCAUCUCGGGCGGCGAGCUCUCGCCGCUCAGGAUCCUCCAGGACAGGCCAGCCCCCGUCGCCGAAGAGGCGAGUGCCUCCUCGGGCACCGCGUCCGCCGCCACCGCCGCCGUACCGCUCCUAGACGCCGCCAAGAUGCCACCGCCGAACCUGGUCCGCAGCCCGCGUAAGUCGUCGUGGCCGGACAGCACGAGGCGGUUCCCCGUCAAGGUCAACCCUCCCAACGCCGCCGCCGCCGCCGCCGCCGGGGGCAUGACGUCGCCCAAGGCGCGGCCGCCGGUGAACCCGAAGCCGCAGCACCUGCGGGAGCUGAGCCUGGACGACAGCCCCGUGCGGAACAACGAAGGCCUGCAAAAGGCCAUGGCGAUACUCGACGACGACGAGGUCAGCGGGCUGGCCGCGUCGGACGACGAGGGCGACGAGGACGUGACGCUCGGCCUCGGCCUCGGUCUCGGGGACGGCCCGUCCACUCUUGGCGUCAACGGGUCCGGGCGCCGCGCGAGCGGCAGGGAGUCCCUCUCAGCCGACGACACGGUCAUGAGCACAUUCAGCAACUUCUCGGCCGUGCCGACCCCUCGAGCGAACCGGGCGUCGAUGCCGCCGCCGCAGCGGACACCCCGGUCGUCGGCCUCGGGCCCUGGUCAGGAUUCGGGGAACAACACGACGAACCUCUUGCUCGAGUUUACGGAACAGCUGCGCUUCUCUCAGGCCCAGCAGCAGCAGUCUUGGGGAGGUCACAUCUCGCCGUCGAGGACAACGCCGAACCUCGCAGGAGGAGGAGGAGUCGCAGCCACGCCACAGCGCACCAACAUGAUGAACCUGCUGGACUUUGACAUUCCGCCCAUGCCGACGCCGCGCAGCAUCCCCACCAUCACGCCGCGCGAGCUCGAGAGUCUCAAAUCCAACUUUCUGUCUGAGAUCAGCAGCCUGAAGGCAUCCCUGAGCGGCAAGGAGGCCGAGGCGCAGUCGCUCAAGACGGCCGUGGGCGACGCCGAGAAGCGCGUGGGCACGUGCAUGGAGCAGCUGCGCGAGGAGACGACGGCGCGCGAGCAGGCGAAGUCGGAGCGCGACGACUGGGAGCGCAGGGCACGCGAGAUGGAGUCGGUGCUGCGCAAGGUCAAGGAGGAGAUCGUGGUGGGCCAGCGCGAGCGCGACGAGCUGGACGCCAAGCUCGAGGAGUCCAACAUGCGGCGCGACAUGGCCGAGACGAUGGCGCAGGAGGCCGAGAGCAAGCUCGCGGCCAUGAGGGCGGGCAAGGCGGCCGAGGCGGCCAUGCAGGGCAGCAGCGGCGAGAAGCGGUCGUCGUCGCCCGGCAGCCAGAACGGCGAGCAGGCGGGCCCCGGGGGUAAGGCCCUCACCCCGCGCGACGUGGAGAUGGCGGUCGAGAAGGUGGCGCGCGAGCUGCACGCGCUGUACAAGAGCAAGCACACGGACAAGAUCACGGCGCUCAAGCGGUCGUACGAGCGCCGGUGGGAGAAGAAGGUGCAGGAGCUGGAGGACAAGGUCGAGGACCUGAGCCGCGAGAACGAGGACAUGCGGGCCGGGCGGCACGCCACCAUGACGCGCAUAGACCCGGCCGCCGUGGCGCUCGAGGAGGAGCGCAAGGUCAAGGCGGCCAAGGACUCGGCGCAGAUCUCGGAGCUCAACGCCGAGGUGGAGAAGCUCGAGGCGGUGAUCCGGACGGUGCAGGAGGACAACCAGGAGAUGCGCAAGCUGCUCGAGCAAGAGCGGGUCGAGAAGGGCGAGCUGGUGCAGCUGGCCGAGGAGAUGAUGAGCAUGCAGCAGAGCUUCGUCGCCAACAGCGGCGGUGGCGGCGGCGGGAACGCACCGCCGCCGGCCGAGAGCAGGAGCAACAGCGGCAUCGCCCACGCCCCGAGCGGCAUCACCAGCCCCCGGCCCAACCGCAACAGCAGCGGCAGCGCCAAGUCGUCGGGCUC